AUGAAAUUUAAACCAAUAAACGUCCUGGAACCGUGCCGCUCAGGACGCCAGUUCAAAGACGGCACAUACCUUAAAAAGGUAAACCCCUUUAAUUCUAAAGUUACUAAAGUGUUAGUAACACCCAAAGAGGUUAUACAUCAGGGUAACCAGCCCCAAAACGGCAACCUCAAUCCCAAAGUUACUAAAGUGUUAGUAACACCCAAAGAGGUUAUAUAUAUACAUCAGGGUAACCAGCCCCAAAACGACAACCUCGAUCCUAAAGUUACUAAGGUAUUAGUAACACCCAAAGAGGUUAUACAUCCGGGAUGUCACGAAUGGCAAAGCAUUACCAAGGUGUGCGAGCUGGUCUUAUUAGACCAGCUCGCACACCUUGGCGCUACGAAUCACGUAGUUUUUGAAAAGGAACUUGAAAAACGUACUGAGCCUCGUCAAGUACGUGGAAAAAUAUGGAUUAUUGGUAGAUCGUCCUCACUUUCAAACAUGCCAAAGAUAAAUUCAGCUGCUCAAAGACGUUGUUCUUCAGUCCCUCCCACAAUUACCGUACAGUACCUUCUGCCAAGCACAACCCACAAUGAAAGAGCACAUUCCUAUAAUCUGUUAAGUGACGGGCCUGAUUCCUAUGAUGGUGAUUUUUCCGGCACAGACAGUGACGUCACAUACUGCCCCACAGACGUUGAGAUACUCUCAGAUAGUUCCAGUCCAGAUAUUCUAGAGGAACCAUCUACAUCAUCUGGUAUCAUGUCUGAACCAAUAUUUCGUUCCCUUAGUAACUUAUACAGUUACCACAAAGAAUACUGCGCUGAAAAUGGCGAGCCAAUAGUAUGUCGUUUCACGUUUGAGAAAUUGUCCAAGGAUAAAAACUUGUCCUUGUACACGUUAAAAAAAGACAUGUGCGACGUCUGUAGUGGGCAUGCAGUAGGUAAUAUUAAUACAAGUGAUUACGAGCAACAUAUAAAACGAAAAGAUAGAGCGAGGUUAGAAAAAGAAAAUGACAAGAAGCAAGCUCUUACUGGAAAUUUCAUUUUGCUGUCCAUGGAUCUGGAAGCGGUUAAAGUGUCUCCUUAUCUAACCGCUAGUGCCUUAUAUUUCAAGACUCAGCUUACCUGCCACAAUUUCACCGUAUACGACCUAAUUACUCAUCAAGCCUCCUGUUAUUGGUUUGAUGAAACGUCUGCGGAUCUAACUGCCAGUACUUUUGCAUCUUUUGUGAUCGACUAUCUUGAAAGAUAUUGUCUGCCUAAAGGUGCAUAUAGCACAUGCACAUAG